UUAUGGGAUAGUCACAUUCAGUUGUUAGCCUUCUGAUGUGCUUGUGGGUUGCAUGCUCUAACCAAUCCCAUGUAUUAAUGCUCGUCAGAUUGAUUUCUUCGCUACACAUAUACACGAAGUGAAAGAAGUACUUAUAAGCAGACAUAGGGAGAGAGAAGAAGAGAGGCUGUAAGAGUGUAAAUGACAUUGGUGAGAGAGAGAAGACACCAACAAGCACUGAAGCUAUCCUUGCCACCACCAGUUCCAGUAGCUGAGUUCCAGCACCAGAUCCACUUGACUGCAUUGUUGCCAGCCCCUGGUCCUGACUCUCCAGGCAUUGACAACCUCUCUGACCUAGAGAAAAUGGCUGUUCUUGGCCAUGGCACUGGUGGCACCGUCUAUAAGGUCCUUCACAAGAAAACCUCAUCAAUUUAUGCAUUAAAAGUGCUCCGGUUCAAUCAAAAUACAAUCAGCAUUUGCCGCCAGGCUGCACGCGAGGCUGAGAUCCUCAAAAGAGUUGAUUCACAAUAUAUUAUAAGGUGUCAUGCAGUUUUUGAUAAUGGUUUCAUUGAUACAGACAAUGGGGGUGGUGAUCUUUGCUUUGUUAUGGAGUACAUGGAAGGAGGCUCACUACAUGAUGUGUUGCGAGCACGCCAGAGACUACCUGAGCAUGUAAUCUCUGGCGUGGCUAGGCGUGUCCUAGAAGGACUGCACUAUCUGCAUUCCAUGCAGAUAGUGCAUAGGGACAUAAAACCAUCAAACUUACUUGUAAAUGAUAAGGGAGAGGUGAAGAUUGCAGACUUUGGGGUUAGCCAUAUUGUGGCUGGGACACGUGAGGCAUGUCAUGACUCCAACAUGGGCACAUGUGCAUACAUGAGCCCAGAAAGAUUUGAUCCAGAGAGAUGGGGUGGUGAUAAUGCAAAUGGGUUUGCUGGGGAUGUGUGGUCACUUGGGGUGGUGGUGUUGGAAUGUUAUGUUGGUCAUUUUCCAUUGAUUGGUCCUGCGCAAAAACCAGACUGGGCAACAUUAAUGUGUGCAAUUUGCUUUGGGGAGAUGCCGGAGAUACCAGAAACAGCCUCACCGGAGUUUCGGAGCUUUAUAAGGUGGUGUUUAGAGAAGGAUUGGAGGAAGAGAGGGACGGUGGGUGAGCUUCUCGGCCAUGCUUUUGUGAAUAGAAAAUGUUAGAAUUCUAUGUAAAGGAGUGGUUGAUUAGUUCAAUUGCGCUUGCUUCUCUUUCUUUUUUCACCUCACACUAGAAUAAUUCUUUUUGUUUUGAGUUCACAAUAAUUCUUUUGAUCUCACUUACUUUUGGUCUUGGGGGAUCAGUCAUGCCACAGAAUUUUUGGUUGCAAGUUGGAAGUGGCUAGAGUCUAUUGCAAGGGUGGUGGCCAUUGCAGUGUAGUGCGUGUGUGUGUAGGUGGUGAUGACAAAUGACAAAUGUGUUUUUGAAGAAAUUUUAUCUGAUCUUCAAAAACAAGUUGCCAA